GUCCAUGCGAGGGGUGCAUGGGGGGAAUAUGGCCGCCAUAUCCCCACCGGAGUCUUCGGAACGACACAACUCCCCGGCGGAGGAAGUGCAAACAUCAGGGGGGAGGACAGACACCGUGGAACUGGAAAACACAUCCGAGCAGACGGAAGAAAACACAUUUAAUCCAUCGCGGGAGCGUCAUAGUAGCGGGCACAGCGGUAACAACGGCGCUUCCUUGCCCAGCCGUUCUAAGGUUAUUGAGUCGGGGGCUGGAGGCGACCAAACAUGUAAUUCAUCGGAGCCAAAAAUGGCCGAGUCACCGGGAGACGAGCAGCGGCCCUUUGACUGCCCCGAGGACGACGACGGUGAAGAGGCUCACUCCCACACGGAAGAAAAUAUUUCAGAGACAAAAGCUAAAGUCCUUCCUGGUGCAAAGGAAAUUGAUGAGAAGGUUGAUCAACCGAGCUCUGAGAAUCCAGUAGAAGAUGUGGACUCAAUAGAGUAUGUGGUUGAAGACCACGGUGAGGGUGACAAAGGGCGGGACACCAAUUCAGCAUCUAAGCCAAAAAAGAGUCGCAUGGUGUGCAAGGAGUGUGGAUUAUCCUUCUCCCGCCGUGAGAUGUUCUACCUUCACCGCCACAAUCAUGCACGCAAGGAUGAAAUCGUUCCCCUCACCUGUAAAGUAUGCAGCCUUUCCUUUAAGGACCGUCGCAGCCUCAUAAAGCACAAACAUGUGCAUAAAGAGGAGGAGGAGGAGGAAGAGGAGGAGGAAGAAGAGGAGCCCACAUUUGACGAGGAAGAUCGUUUUCAGUGUGCAGCGUGUGAGAAGGUUUUCCCUACGGUGCAAAAACUGAGGGUUCACCAGUGCAACGAUACAGAUGACAAGCCUUAUCACUGUUCACUGUGCCGCAAAGAGUUCCAGUUAAGGUGCUCUGUCGCCAUGCACAUGCUGACCCACUCGGAAGAGGACAGCUGGACGUGCGAGGAGUGCGGUCGAAGGUUCCGGGACUACAAGAGAUUGCGCUGCCACCAGCGAUGCCAUCCGGUCCUUAAACCCUACGAAUGUCCGGAGUGCGGCAUGGCCUUCAGAUACAGUUCUGUCAUGGAAGACCACCGGCGCAAGCACAGCGACCAACUACGCUCUUACCUGUGUACCGUAUGUGGUAAGACCUUCAAGUACAGCAGUCUCCUUCAACAGCAUCAGUAUCUGCACACCGGUGAGAAGCCCUUCCGCUGUCCUGAAUGUGGUAAGAAAUUUGCCUUUGCUCAAAAUAUGAGGGCACACUGUCGCCAACAUAGACUGCAUCAAGCGCAUCCUCUCUCUACUCCCCUCUCUACUGAGCAGCCCAGCAAGCAGACACCUGUGUCUGCACCGGAGACGGUGCAAGUGGUGCAAAGGAAAGAGAAUGCACACCAGAGUGACGAACCAAAACGCACUUUUAACUGUCCCCUUUGUCCCCAGACAUGCAGCUCGCCAGCCGCCCUGAGAGCCCACAUGCAUUUUCACGAGGUGGAGUAUGAGUCACAGGAGAGAAGAUUCCAGGCGCCCCCAGAGAUUAAAAAGGUUUGGGACAAAGGGUACACCUGUCCACACUGCCCAUGUACGUACCGUGAUGAGAUAAGUUUAAGAUUACACAUAUUUAAAACCCAUAAGAGCGUAGCGCAAGAUUGGAACAAAGUGUCAAUUUCCCCACAAAAAGAGUUGAGCGCCCUAAUCAGUGAAAAUCUGCAGACAAAGUUCAAAAGUGAUGACGUAGGUAUUAAGCCAUACAAGUGCCCUGAGUGUGGAAAAAUGUUUCGCCAUCGCUCAGUGUUAGAGCUGCACAUGCGCAUACAUUCCAAGGACAAGCCUUACCAGUGCAACGUGUGUGGCAAAGGCUUUCGGUUCAGCAGCUACUUACAGCAACAUAUCAUCAUCCACUCGGGCCAGAAGCCUCACAAAUGUCCUGACUGUGGGAAGGAUUUUGCUUUCCUGCAGAACAUGAGAACCCACCAGAAGCUGCAUCAGGAAAAACCCUUCCGCUGCACCAGCUGCCGCAAAGGCUACAGCGACGAGACGCAACUGCAGCACCAUAUGCUCUCUCAUAACGGCGACAAGCCCCACAAAUGCAACCUCUGCAAUAAGAGCUUUGGCUUGGCGUAUCUGCUCCGCGACCACCUGAACACGCACACAGGAGAGCGACCCCAUCACUGCAGCGAGUGCGGCAAAUCUUUCUCCUGGUUAAGCAGCUUGUUAGUUCACCAGAAGAUCCACACUCGCAAGAAUUUUAGUCCACUUAAUUCUGUCCCCGCUGGUGGAAGGACGAGAGGCAGAGGGAGCAGGGGGAGGAGAGGGGGAAGGCUGAUGUGGGGGAUGUCUCGAACAGUAGGAAGGCCUCCCCUUUAUCCCGUCUCAGGGGACCUUUCACAAUCUUCCAUGAUCUCAUCUCAAGAGGACUUUCAAGUGAGGAUGCAGAAAGUGUUGCUUUCCGAACUACAACCUCCACCUGUCCGGUGGGAGGUGGAUGGUGACGGGGUCAUACCAGUCCCUUUAUCACAGCAGACAGAGCUGUUCGACAGCUCGCCACAGCUGAGUCGAGAGCGCGCGCCCUCCCUUGUCGGCUCCCCUCAGAAAGCUGGCCCCUCUGGAAUCGACGAGAUUGCGAAACAUGGGCACCCCACAGCCACAACAUCAACUUCCUAUGGUUCUUUUUACCAUGACUCUCGUGGGGCGUCGUCCUUCGUAGAUGGUGCAGUGUUGUGGAGCGGCCAACCUCCUCUGCUGAGUUAUCCAAACAAGCUCGGCCCAGAGCUUCAGUCGCCGAGAUGGCCGGGUGCUCCGGUGUCAAAACAGGAGACGUUCAUGCUUCCUGUGAAAGAGGACGGCAAGGUGUGGGAUCCUCAAGCAAUACCGUUGACUGUUAGCCAGCCUGACAAGCUCUGGACAGAAAGUGAGUCACAAACGCAGACAGUUUCAGGUGUAACAGGUGCACCAUCCUCAGCUCAGAUAGACCAAAGCAUCCCCAUCCCAGUAUCCACUGCUGUUGGUCAUGGGAUAGGUAGCACUUUGUGGGGCAUUCAAGCACCACUGGGGACUUCAAACACAAUGACCUCCCCUCAGACACUAGUGAACAGUCAAGACUUCCAGCUACAGCAGAAGCAGGUGGCUGCUGCUUGGGCCAAUGUACAGAAUCAGACUGCAACACAGAAACUUCCCAUCUCCAUCAAUCCCUUUCCCCAAGCCGUCGGCACUACAGUUUGGGGCUUCCAAAAUAAUCCAGUGUGUCCUCAGGUGCUUUUCACUGGGCAGCUCAAACCUGGGAGCGGCCAGGACCUGCAGCAGCACCCCGUGGUCACGGCCAAUCAGAUUAUCCUAAACCAGCCGUCUCCAUUUUUCUCUCCGGCGCUCGCCACGCUCCCGACCCUGGCUUUGCCCGGUCCGCACUCUCUUCACACCGUCUCUGUAGGUGCGCUGUCGAGACCGCCGCUCCCAAAUAUUUUCUUCACCCCACAGGCUGUCCUGGCUGAGAGGCCCCCCGUGCCACAAACCCCGGCCCUACCUCAGCUCGUCCCGCAGACCGAAGCUCACAAACUCGGAGCCCGUUUGCCUUUUGCCCCAAAACGGCUCUUUCAGUGCAUGGUAUGCGGCUGCUCUUUUCCACGAGAGCUGGAUCUACAGUUGCAUUACUUGCAACACGCACAAGGAGAAGUUUGACAUCGCAACGGUAGCAGCGCAACUUGUUUAUGUAUUUGUUACUUUUUGUAUUCUGUUGAACCUCAUUGCUAUGACGCUCACUUGUGCAUCUUGACCAUCUUAUUUGGAUGGGCAUUAGAAGCCACAAAAAAACUCGAGUUUGGCUGCACACUUUUUAAAUUGUACAAUUUAACUCUAAAGACUACAGAUGCUGUUGUUUUGGUUAUAAACAGUAGUUGUUUCACAUUUAAAAAAAAAUGCUUUUAAUAUGUGGGUUGAACAACUUCUAAAGGGUUUGGACCAAUCGACCAUUUCAGUAACUGCCAAUAACAAGAUUUAAAAAUUUUGUUUUAAUUUGUAAAUUUUUGGUCCUGUGUAGAACCAUCUGAAAGGUUUAUUUCAUGUACAGUAUACUGUGUGCCUUUGAAUACCGUCUGCAUGUCUGCUUCGUUGGUAUUCUAGGCCUUGUUUAUUCGUAAAGUAGACUGAACAAUUAUCUUACUCCUCACUGAGUAAACAGAACUGUCCUCCAUAUACACUAAAAUACUGUAUAUGGAAAGAAUGAAGUACAGUACAUUGGCGAUGAAAAGUCUGCACACCCCUGUUGAAAGGCAAGGUUUUGCAUAGUAAUACGAUCAAGACAAAGGUUUCAAAUCUAUUUCUACCACUAUUAUGAGCUAUAGCCUGUGCAGCUGAAUUUUAACAAAUAUAUUUUCUAGAGGUGAAGUGAAAAAAAAAAAGUUAUUGUGGUUUCACAAGUGUG